GCCGUAUUCAAGACCCCGCACCAAGACAGAAACCCCCCAUCUCAGACCUCAUUAUCCCGAUGAUAUCCUGUUUGACCAAAUAUCCUGACAAUGAGCGAUCACGAAAACCAGGCUAUGGCCGAGGUUGGAGAUAUUGCGAACAGGAUCGAUGCGCUGAAAAUCGCUGGAAAAAAGAGAAGACAACCGCGCAAGCCUCUCAAGGAAGCCUUAUGUAGUUACGGCGAAGCAGCCGAUGCUUUGUCGGAACAUGCAGCCAACGUCGUUAAGUUGCUUCGUGCUGGUGGUCUAUUCAACGAGGAAGAUUUAGAGUCCGUCCGCACCGCCCAAAACAGGGCUAUUGAGCUUGGGCGAGCUGCGAGACUCCUAAACGACUCUGCAACUCAGACUGUUGUUAGACAAGUCAUUUCACUAGGCGACAAGACGUUCUUCAACAUAGAUGGCCUCCUUCAACAUUUCGAGAAGCCUAUAGAGAAGAUUGCACAGGGAAAGAUCCAGGGAGCGCAAAGUGGCGACAUCUUGUGGAAGAUUGCGGAAGAAUGUUAUCAUCAAGCCACGAGGCCUUCUGGAGAUCUUAAUCUAGAGGAUUGUCUUACCACUAGCGAAGUGGUGGAGAGGGAAGAGAAAAAAGAACAUUGGAUCAAGUUCUGGAUUCAGUCACUAUGCAACUGCCCCGGUGGCCCGACAAUAUUUCAACCAGAGAACUUUGUUUUCAGCGACUCAGUCAACAAGCCUCCAAAGUACAUGCCACGAUACCUGUUCCGGGCAUAUGAUGACAACAGCACGGGUCGCAACGACAAAGAUGUCAUCGCUUCAAUACUUAGCCAGUGCGGCGAAGCGAAUCGUCACGGGAUCGACAUUUUCUCAAUGGACUAUAAAGAGGCUUCACAAAUGCUACACCAGCAUUUAGAUAAGGGUCCUUUUAGUAGCAGUGUGACCGACAACCUCGUUUCAUGGAGCAGUUCUCUCAUGUUUGUCAUCCAGUAUGCAAAUUGGAGAUUUUGCUACCCGCAGUUUAGUCACCCAGGCGAUAUUUGUAUUUGUGCUGUGGAUACAUCACAGUUCCCACGAAGGCAGUUUGCAAGGGAUAAGUGGUUGCUCAACUCGUUCAAGGAUGCGGAACAUUCAGAUCAAGAGAACAACUUUCGUGAUCUUCGACUUAACAGAAGUGAGUAUGAUAACGGAGAGUACCUUUCUCAGGGAGUCCUUCACAUUGAAGAGCGCUCUUGCACCUUGUCCUUGCGACGUCUGAAAAAUGCUGGACUGUGGGAUUUAUAUCCAGAGUUCAACGUCAACGAUGUGGAAAACGACGCCGAUGUGAGAGUUCAGUGGACAAAAUAUGUCAAGCUACUUCGUUCUUUAUGGCACUCUACUUACUACCUCCUGUAGCAAUUGAGGAUAUUGAUUACAAGGAACCCGCAGAGGUGGAUCGAUACUCGACGCUGAGGAAGCGAUUGUCAGAACUGAGAAAGGCGUCAGGGGAACGUGGCAUGAAGCUAUUUGACCAACUGUAUGAGCUGGAAGAUACAGAAGAGAACUAGAUUGUUUGAUCAAUGACUGAGAAAUGAGAGCCUAGAUAGCCUUCACGC